AAUAUAUUCAUGCAGGGCAAUACGAGGCGGCCCUGGUUUAAUAUAUCCAGGCAUGAGCUGCAAGAAUUAGAAUUUAGUAAUAAUCACUGACUAGGCUGAGCUCUAUCUCCCGACCCCUUGCAUUUCAACCACGUUGAAAUAAUGCCUCGCUUCCCCCUUCCCCGCCAGAUCCUCGCAAUCACCACCUGCUUGGGCUAUAUGAAUUUUAUAUAAUGCUCUGUACUUCAUCCAACCUGUUCAGAGAGGAUGCCUCGGGAGAAUGUGGCUCUAAAGUCAUGCCGACAGUCUCCGUCAUCGAUCCUUACCAAAUAGAAAUGCUGUCAAUGGCGAACACUGCACACGAUGUUCGAGAUAUGCAGCGUUUGGGUAAGAACCAGCAGCUUAAGAGAAAUUUCCGAUUCAUAUCUAUUCUUGGGCUCAACUGUACAUUGAUGGCGACCUGGGAGUCGAUUCUGCUCACAAGUAAUUACGGCCUCAUCAAUGGAGGGCGAGCCGGGAUGGUGUAUAUUUAUAUCGGCACCUUCAUUGGCUUUUUCGCAUCUGUCGCCUCGUUGGCCGAGAUCGCCUCCAGGGCUCCUACAGCAGGAGGUCAAUACCACUGGGUCAGCGAAUACGCUCCUCCUUCCUGCCAGCGGUUUCUAAGCUAUCUUACCGGAUGGCUAUCAGUUCUAGGCUGGCAGGCUGCAUUCGCGAGUGUAUGUUUCCUCACCGGUACUUUAAUUCAGGGCUUGUUGGUCACCGUAUACUCCGACCCGGCCGCAGACUAUACAUAUGCAUCUGAACGAUGGCACGGUACGCUCCUCACUAUUGCAAUCGCCAUGCUAGCAACCAUACCCAAUGGGUGGCGUACUCAUUGGCUCGCCAGCCUGGAGCGUCUGUUGCUUUUCAUCCAUAUUUUCGGGUUCUUCGCGAUUUUGAUCACUUUGUGGGUCACGGCCGACCGAGCAAGCAGUGAUGAGGUGUUCCUCACUUUCACUAAUACGGGAGGAUGGUCAAGCAUUGGCUUGGCUUGCUUGGUCGGUCAAUUGACCCCAAUAUUCUCUUUCAUCGGGCCUGAUGCGGCGACACAUAUGGCGGAAGAGGUCCAGGAUGCUUCCAGAAUUGUCCCAUGGUGUAUGAUUUCGACUGCCCUUGUCAAUGGCUCGCUUGGAUUCGUCAUGCUCAUUACCUUCCUUUACACGAUGGGCGACAUAGACUCCGUACUGAACGCUCCCAGUGGAUUUCCGUUCAUCAUGGCUUUCCAGAAUGCGACCGGUUCACCUGGUGCAGCUGUUGGUCUAGCCUGCAUCAUUUUAAUCAUGGAAGUCUGCAGCGCUUUAGGUAUUCUUGCAACCGCCUCCCGUCAGAUUUUCGCGUUCGCCCGAGAUAGAGGACUUCCUUUCUCGCGCACCUUUGCCUUUAUACACCCCCAGUCGAAAACCCCUAUCUGGUCUAUACUAUCUACAACGCUCGUGGCUAUGCUGUUAAGCCUGAUCAACAUUGGCUCCACAGCAGCUUUCAACGCUAUUGCCUCAUUAGCGAUCGCGUCUAUGCUGAUGACAUAUAUCAUUGUCAUUGGUUGCUUCUCCAUGGCGCGCUGGAAGUCCAAAACGCUAUCUUCUAGCCGCUUCUCUCUAGGUCCAUAUGGCCUGGCUGUCAACUUGAUAUCUCUUCUUUUCCUCACUUUCCAGGUCACUUUUACCUUUUUCCCCACCACGAAAGAAGUGGACCCCAAAACUAUGAACUGGUCGAUUUUGAUGGUGGGAGGAGUCAGUCUUUUAGCCACGCUUCAGUAUAUAUUAUACGCUAGGAAGGUGUACCAGGCGCCCGUUGGUCGCAUUCUUAGAGAUUGAUAGGGAAUUAUGCUUCUUAGCUGGCAUUACAUGUUGAGAGUCACUAG